ACCGUAUCACUAUGUUCUGACGGUUCACCGUUCGGCGUUCACGUAGGUACUUCGAUAUUUUCUAUUUGUUUACGAUCGAACUUAGAGCGCGGAGUGUUAAACAUUAUAAUUUUUUUGAUAUUUCUUUUUUUUUUUUUUUUUUUUUUUAUCGUGACGUGAAUUUACUGAAUAAUAAUAAAAUGUAAAGAAAAAUCUCUGAAUUUUCAACUGACGAGAAUGGACGUCAGAGAUAUUAAAAACGAAUAUGACUCUGAUGAUCUGGAAGAGGACUCGGACGAAGACUAUGACAAUCCGUCAUCUCCCAAGACUGAAGUCGACGAUAACUAUUGCUGUUCGAACAAAUGCCUGUUGAAGUUCGACGACGAGUUCAAGACACGUCUUAAGACUGAUUUAUCACAAUUGCAAAGAUUUGAAAAACACAUUUAUCUGUUCGCUAUGAUUUCUAUUGACGAAAACAAGAUAAACGCUACAAAAAUUGUUAAGUCUUCAAAAUAUUUCCAAUACGCUGUCAAGCAUUAUGGGGUCACUCGAUCUGUGUGUAAAACCGCGUUUGUUAUCCUGCACGAUACUACUCCAUCGCUAUUACGGACAUUAUGCAUGAAAAUGACUAUAGGUCAUGUAAUACCUACUGACAAUCGUGGUAAACAUAGUAAUCGAAUGACCAUAUCUAAUGAAACAAAAGUUGCAAUAAAAGAGCAUUUCUUUGGCGUCUUGAAGUCGCCUACUAUAUUCAAAUGUGCCAAGAAAAAUCUAGGCCAACCCAAUAUCUCUCAGCUGUGGAUUAGUUUUAAACAGAAACAUGGUCAUAUAUCCCGUUCUACAUACACAAAAUAUAUACAAUCAUUUUUAACGCCUGAAGUUAUAUCAAAUUUCAUGUGUGCAAACCAAGCAAAACAAAUUUUACAGUACAUAAAUAAAAAUAAAUGAUGCUGGGGAUAAAUUUACUAUUAACUAUUGUUUGUUAACUAUAUUUAUUAUGAAUUUAAACAUUUAAUAAUUUUUACUAUUAAAGUAGUAUUAAUAAACAAUAAGUGUAAAAUAAAUUAAGUAUUAUGUAUCUAUAUUUCUUAGUAAUUUUCUAAAUAGUCAUGUAAUAAAUAGAAGAUCCUUGGAUUUGGCAGGCUAGCCAUUCAUAUCAAAUUUUAGACUUCUAUUUUGAAUAUUUUAGUAAGUCUUAAACAAUAAAAUGUACUAUAUAUUAUUAUUGUUAAUUAAAAAUAAUGAUUAUUUUUAGAAUAA